CAUCCACCAGACACCACGGAAGUGCUCACGUUUUGUUUGUCAUGUUACGUACUGCUGCAAAGUUAAUGUGGCAUUACACUGUGCAACUUUAACUACGAUGGCUGCAGAAGUUUCAGAGCUAUCUAUCCCGGUGCCAUGGGGGGAGAUCAGAGGGAGAGUUUGGGGUCCUGAUCACGGUCGUCCUGUGCUCUGCCUGCAUGGCUGGGCUGACAACUGUGGUGCAUUCAACACCCUCAUCCCUCUACUUCCCAAAGAGUUCAGAUACAUUGUUGUUGAUCUGGUAGGUCACGGUCUGUCAUCACAUCGCCCUCCUGGAGAUUUCUACACUUUACCUGACUACCUGAUGGACGUACUCAGAGUCACUGACGCUCUGCAGCUGAGGAAAUUCUCCGUCAUCGGCCACUGUAUGGGUGGGGACAUUGCUGGAAUGUUCAGUGCACUGUAUCCUGAGAUGGUUGAUGCUCUCGUGCUUCUGGACAAUUAUGGAUUACUACCUACAGAUUCAAAAGAAAUAUGCAAAGUGGUGAGGCAGGGGAUGGAUCAAAUACUACAGUUUGAAAAAAAGACAGAAGAGGAGAAGAUGAGAGUUUACACGUACGAGAAGGCAGUUGAAAGGUUGUUCGCUGCAAACCCAAGUCUGUCUGAACGGUCGGUGCACAUCCUCUUAGAGCGAGGUCUCGUUCAGGUUGAAGGAGGGUUUGUGUUCUCCAGAGACCUGCGAGUUAAUUUUAAAAAUAUAGUGCGCAUCAGUUUGGAGCAGAGUCUGGAGAUGCAGUCAAAGAUUCAAGCCCCCGUUCUAGCUGUUCUGACAGAUAAAGGCUUCAAUCAAAUACUUUCUGAAUCAUCUCAAAGUAAAUUUAUCUCAACAGUCCUCGAAGGCUUAAAGAACAGAAAUUAUAAUGUCCAUCUCUGUAUUUGUUGGAUUCAGCAUACGGUGGUUACGGUACCAGGCGAUCAUCACGUUCAUCUGAAUAAUCCUGAAGUCGUCGCUCCAUUUGUUGCGGACUUCCUGCGCACCAGAGUGUUGUCAAAGUUGUAAACUACAAAUAUACUGUUAUACUUAAGUAAUAUUGUACAAUUUAUUAAAGCAAACUGUGAUUUACAAUAAAACAUACAAUAAAAUGCAUUAAAAUGA